AGCUGUGUUUGUUCGUCUUUCACAGAAGUGAUUAUUUUUUUGCUGUGACUUGUACAUUUAUCAUUGGACUUAUCGCGCGGUCUCCUCCCUGCUUCUUCCUGCUGUCGGUGCAGCGGAGCCGAGUCCGACCACCGCCUGUGAAACUCGGCUUCCAGCAGUCCCUACAAAAACUUUCUCUUCGUUCCGUUCGUGACGCAGCUGUUUUUCUGUCUGUAAACCUGCAGCUGAAGGUGAGUUCAGCAGCAUGGAUCAGUGUGAGGACAUGGAAGAGGAAGUCCCAACCUCCAAAACUGAUCCAUGUCAGGAACGUGAAGGCCAAAGCUGGGAUCAGAGGAGGAAACACAAACCUGAGCCUGGACCUGGACCUGGACCUGGACCUGGACCCAGCCUUGUGUCCUGUAAGAGCGACACGUCUAUGGGUCGUUUUAUCAAAUUUAAACCAACUGUACUUCCAGCAGCAGAGAGARAUGAGCCCCAAAGAUCAGAACAUCCCAGUUGUCAGUCUGCCCAGAAGCAUCAAAGUGAACAGGACUCAGUAUUUACGGAGCUAAAGAACAACAUAGAUGCUUUCGUGAAGAAUGAGCUGAACAAAAUGCAGAGAGCUCUGAGUUCAGAUGGUCCAGAAUGCUCACAGGGUCACUGGGAGGAGGAGGAGUUGACGUGUGAAGACAAAGAGCAGCAGAGACGUGAUCAAGAGGCAUUUCUGAAUAUCACCGUGAACUUCUUGAGAAGAAUGAAGCAGGGGAAGCUGGCUGACCUUCUGAUGAGCAGAUCUCCUGUCAUGUGCCAGAGUAAUCUCAAAUCCAAGAUGAAAACCAAGUUCGAGUGUAUGUUUGAGGGGGUCACCAAAGCGGGAAACCCAACCCUCCUGAACCAGAUCUACACGGAGCUGUACAUCACAGAGGGAGGGACCGGAGAGCUCACUGAUGAACAUGAGGUCAGACAUGUGGAAACUGCUUCCAAGAAACCAUACUGUCCAGGAACCACAAUCAAACAAGAAGACAUCUUUAAAUCCCUCCACCCUGGAAGAGAUCAGCUAGUCAGAACAGUUUUGACUCUGGGGGUGGCUGGAAUCGGGAAAACUGUCUUAACGCGGAAGUUUACUUUGGACUGGGCUGAAGACAAAGCCAACAAGGACAUCCACUUCACGUUCCUGUUCCCUUUCAGAGAGCUGAAUUUGGUGAAGGAUGAAAAAUUCAGUUUGGUGGAACUUGUUCAUCACUUCUUCACUGAAACCAAAAAAGCAGGAAUUUGCACAUUUGAAGACUUCCAGGUUGUGUUUAUCUUUGACGGUCUGGAUGAGUGCAGAAUUCCUUUGGACUUCCACAAAACCACAAUUCUUACUGACCCAAGAAAGUCCACCUCAGUGGACGUUCUGCUGACGAACCUGAUCAGAAGGAACCUGCUUCCCUCUGCCCGUCUCUGGAUAACAACACGACCCGCAGCUGCCAGUCAGAUCCCUCCUGACUGUGUUGACAUGAUGACGGAGAUCAGAGGGUUCACCGACACACAGAAGACAGACUACUUUAAAAAAAAGUUUGAAGACUGUGAUCAGGCUGACCAGGUCAUCUCUCACGUGAAGGAAUCCCGAAGCCUUCACAUCAUGUGCCAAAUCCCAGUCUUCUGCUGGAUCACCGCUACCGUUUUGGGAGAUGAGCUGAAGUUCAAAAAGAAGGAGGAGCUUCCCAACACUUUGACCCAGAUGUAUAUUCACUUCCUUGUGGUUCAAACCAAAACAAAGAUGGUCAAGUAUGAUGAAAGAGCUGAGACGGAUCCACACUGGAGUCCAGAGAACAAGACGAUGAUUGAGUCUCUGGGGAAACUGGCGUUUGAGCAGCUGCAGAAAAGAAACCUGAUCUUCUAUGAGUCGGACCUGACAGAGUGUGGCAUCGAUAUCAGAGCAGCCUCAGUGUACUCAGGAGUCUUCACUCAGAUCUUUAAAGAGGAGCAAGGACUGUACCAGAACAAAGUGUUCUUCUUUGUCCAUCUAAGUGUUCAGGAGUUUCUGGCUGCUCUUUAUGUCCAUCUGACAUUCAUCAACUCUGGAGUCAAUUUGCUCAAAGAUCAAACAACUUUCCAGAAGGCCAAACUAAAAGACRAAGCUGCAGAGAAGAACUUUUACCAAAGUGCCGUAGACGAGGCCUUACGGAGUCCAUCUGGACACCUGGACUUGUUCCUUCGCUUCCUCCUGGGUCUUUCAUUGGAAGAUAAUCAGUCCCUCCUUCAAGGGCUGCUGAAACAGACGGGUAGCUCGCAGACCAAUCAGGAAAUAGUCCAUUACAUCAAGGAGAAGUUAGGAGGUGACUUGUCUGCUGACAAAAUCAUCAAUCUGUUCCACUGUCUGAAUGAGCUGAAGGAGUGUUCUUUAGUGAAGGAGAGCCAAAUGUUCCACAGCUCAGGACGUCUCACCACAGAUCAACUGUCUCCUGCUCAGUGGUCUGCUCUGGUCUUCUUCUUACUGUCCUCAGAAAAAGACCUGGAUGUCCUUGACUUGAAGAAAUACUUUAACUCUGAGGAGGCUCUUUUAAGAUUGAUUCUAGUUGUUCCUGCGUCCAACAAAACCCUAUUAAGUGUCUGCAAUCUUUCAGAGAAAAGCUGUGAAGUCCUGUCCUCAGUUCUGAGCUCCCAGUCUUCUUGUCUCAGAGAGUUGGACCUUAGUAACAACGACCUUAAAGACUCAGGAGUCAAGCUUCUGUCUGAAGGACUGAAGGACAAGAACUGUGUGCUGAAAACUCUGAGCCUGUCAGGGUGUCUGAUCACUGAGAAAGGCUGUGCUUCUUUGGAGUCAGCUCUGAGGUCCAACCCCACUCAUCUAAAAGAGUUGGACCUGAGUUACAAUCAUCCGGGAGAGGAAGGGAUGAAGCUGCUGUCGGCACAGGAUGCACCCUGGAAACUAGACUCACUCAGGGUSGAGCCUGCUGGAGAGCGGUGGUUGACUCCAGGUCUGAGGAAGUAUUGCUGCAGGCUCACCAUCGACAGGAACACUGUGAACAGAAAACUCCAACUGUCUGACCAUGACAGGAAGGUGUCGUGUGUGGAGGAGGACCAGUUGUACCCAGAUCAUCCAGACAGAUUCGACUUCUGGCCUGAGGUGAUGUGUGAAGAGAGUCUGCCUGAUCGCUGUUUCUGGGAGGUUCAGUGGAACGGGAAGGUGGAGAUAUCAGUGACCUACAAAGAUAUCAAACGUAAAGGGAACAGCAACGACUGCGAGUUCGGCUUUAAUGACAUUUCCUGGAGUCUGAGCUGUUCUGACGACGGUCGAUACUCCGUCUGCCACAACAACGUCCGAGAGUUCACCUCCUCCUCCUCUUCCUCUGCGUCCUGCCACAAACUGGGUGUGUACGUGGACUGUUCCUCUGGAACUCUGUCCUUCUACAGAACCUCCUCUGCAACACCAGUCCACCUCCACACACUGAUGACCACUUUUACUGAGCCUCUUUACCCCGGGUUUGGGUUCUGGGCUGGUUCCUCUGUCACCUUGUGCUCAGACGAGUCUCCUCCCAUCUGAGACACAAACCAAACAUUACCACAGCUUUUAGGUUUAAAGUAAAAGUUUUUACCGUUAUUAUUAACUGUUAAAUUGCUAAAACUACAGCACAAAACAUCCGAUUGAGACAAGAUAUUCAUAACAUUCACUGAGACUGAGCUUCACUCUGGCCUUUUCAGUUCUGUUAUACUCUUUUUUAUUAUUUAUUUUAUUUUACUUGUUUCGAAUAUCCGUUUUUAAGAUGCCAAAUUCAAGAUGUCUUAAUAUAAUUGAUAUCAUUCAGUUUAAAAGUCCAAAUGCACUUUAUUUGCAAUUAAGUUAUUUAGCCUUUAGUGGUUCUUAACCUUUUUUGAGAUACUGAACCUACCAGUUUCGUAUGCACAUUCACUGAACACUUUUUAGUGAUAAAUAAAAUGUGAUUUUUUUUUUCCAAAUUCAAGAUGGUUUUUUUUGCUGGUGUAUAAAAUGA